AUGUAUCUUCAUAUCUAUUUAUCUAUCUAUUUCUCUCUCUACAUAUCUAUCUAUCUAUCUAUCUAUCUAUCUAUCUAUCUAUCUAUUGUAACACUCGUUGUCCUCUUUAUUUCCCUGUUCGCUUCAUUAUCAAUCUGCUCUAAAAAGAACGAUAUAUUUUUUUUCGUCAGUUCGAGCGUUCUUUCUCACGAAUAUGAAUUUGUUCCGCAGAAAAUAACCCUUUCAUUUCUCUCUUUGCUUCUCACCGAACAACUUCUGGAGCAAUGCAGUUCGUUCGUUUUUUUUUGUCUGUCUCUUUCUGUCGCUCAUUUAUUAUUUAUUUACCUAGAAAUUUUUUUUCUUUAUUUAUUUGUCAUUUUUGUUCAUUUCCUCCUUUUCCUCUUUUCUUUCUUUCUUUCUUUCUUUAUUUAUUUGCCUUAUAAUUUUUGUUCUUUUCUUUCAUUUCAUUUCAUUCUUUACUUAUUUAAUUACCUAGAAAUUUAUUUUUCAUUUCUUAUUUUAUUUAUUUGUCAUUUUUUGUUCAUUUUCCCCUUUUCCUCCUUUCUUUCUUUCUUUAUUUGCCUUAUAAUUUUUUGUUCUUUUCUUUCUUUUCAUUUCAUUCUUUACUUAUUUAUUUGCCUUAUAAUUUUUUGUUCUUUUCUUUGUUUUCAUUUCAUUCUUUACUUAUUUAUUUGCCUUGAAAUUUAUUGUUCGUUUAUUAAUUUAUUUUCUACUUUUUUAUUUCUGUUUCUUUUUUGUCUUAUUUUUCUUUCUCUAAUGAUUUUACCCCGUUAUUAUUUUGCCUUUUUCUUUUUUGCCUUUUCUUUUCCAUUCAUUCUUUCGUUAUCUUGUUAUUUUUUUAUAUUUUUUCUUAUUUUUAUUUUAUCGUAUUAUGGUUUUCUUUAUUUUUUUUUAUUCUUCUUUUAUUUCAUUUUUUAUUUUAACUUUUUAAGUUUUCUUUCUUAUUUUUUCAUUCUUUUUUCUUUUUGUAUUAAUACGUUUCCUUUCUUUUUCGUUAAUUCUUUCUUUAUCCUGUUAAUUAAUUUUCUUCACUUCAUUGUCUUGCUUUACUUUUUCUUUCGUUUUUUCUUUAUCUUGAUUUUUGUCCUUCUUUUUCUUUUUACUUUCGUUAAUCUUCACUUUGUUCGUUCAUUCUAUUAUUCGUUCUUUUUCUUCUUGCAUUCUUCCUGUCUUUUUCUUUCUUCCUUUUUUUCUUUCUUUCUUGUUUUUCUUCUAUCUCUCCUUCAAAACGAUUUAGAGCAUUGUGUAAUACUGGGUUCUUUCUUUCUUUCUUCCUUCUCAAAUAUGUUUCUCCCUCGUCACGACUUAAAUAAUGAGAUUAAUGUUUCUUUUCUUUCUCUUUUUUCCUUCUCUAAUUUCUUCUCUUAUUCUUUUCCUAUAGUCACUUCUUUCUUUAGUCCAUUAUUUCUUGCUUUUUUUUCCUUUUUAUACCAUUUUAAUAUGAUUUUUCUUUCUUCUCUCUUUCCCCUUUCUAUCUUUCUUUCUUGA